CAUACACAUCACACAUGCCUCUGCCUUUAAUUAAUUCAUUUGCAUGUCAUUUGUCAUCUUCUUUCCUAACUAAUAAAACAUUAUAUUAUAUUAAUUAUUGGUCUUCCUUAUAAUAUGCUUGUGAUUCCAAUUCCAUUGAGUAGUCUUUGUUGAGAGGGGAAUAAUUGGAAUCAUGGCUAGUAACCAAAAGAGAGGGUUCUUGUACAUUUAUAAAGCUGGAAUAACAGGAAAUCAUCAUCAGAGAAAGAAAGACGAGGAUAAUCAAGGCAAGAAAUCCAGUUCAUCUAGAACUUGGUUGCAAAGGCUAACCAGAACUCGAAAUUCUUCAAAUGCUGAAAAGAUUGUUGUUGAAGAAGGUGGGUUUGUGGAAGCAAGAAAUUCAACAUCAGGCUUGGAGUUAGGAGGAGGAGGAGGAGGAGAAGGAUUUGUAGAGGGAAGAAAAUCAGUUUCUUGCAUAGAGACAAGAACAGCAGCAUCAUCACCAGCAGUAACAGUAUCAAAAGGAGUGAUAUUUGAAGAGAGAAGAAAAUCAGUGUCUCAGAUUGAGGGAGAUUUUGGAGGAGGAGGAGUAGAAAAGGUUGUUGUUGAUGAAGGAAGAAAAUCAGUGUCACAGAUUGAGACAUUGUCAUCAGUGACAGCAUAUCUUCAGGUUAAGGUUUUGGUUUCUGACAUGCCAAGUUUCAUGCAACUGCAUGCCUUUCGUUCUGCUAGAAGAACCUUUGAUAGCUUGGAACAGUUUAGUUCUAAACACAUUGCUCAUAACAUUAAGAAGGAAUUUGACAAAGCUUAUGGUCCGGUGUGGCAUUGCAUUGUAGGUUCAAGCUUUGGUUCUUUCGUGACGCAUGCAACGGGUUGUUUUCUUUAUUUCUCAAUGGAAAAUUUGUAUAUUUUACUGUUCAAGACCAAAGUUAAGAAGACCUUGGGUAAAGGUACAUGUUAAUAUAAUAUCAUAUAAUUAUUAUAUAUAUAAAUAUAUAUAAGAGUUAGCUGCUAGC